UAAUGAGAUAAAGAGCCGAAAGAAAAUGGCAGGGCAUUUCCACGGCGUUGAGCAGUGAGCCGAACACAAAGAACAACUCGAACAAUUGCGACAAGAUGGACAAAACUUUUACGGAAUCCAAACUAUGCACAGACUCUAGGCGCCUUCUCUUCGAUCGUCGCUACGGUUGGGUGAUUGAUGAAUGGAAAAAUCCUUCGGAUGAAGCUUUGGCCGGUGGCCGAGGAAUGUUUUGCAUUGCGCCCCUCGCGAAAACGCUGGUUAAUUCAGUCGCGCAGAUGGUUAAUAUUGCUGCAACAUCCACAGUUAAAGCUCUUGAAAACCCAGAGCUACUCUCACCUCAGGUACUACAAGCAGGUCUGCAUCAAAGGCUUGAGAAAUUCAUGUCGUCCAUGCAAUACCCAGCAUUCCGCCAUGGCUUCCACAAAGUAACUUCUCCUUCAGUUCCCACUAGCUCCUUGCAUUUACAGGAUGAAAGAGUUGAUCACAGCUAGCUGAAUGUAAAUUCAUUCUCACUCACUUGAGACUUGGAGAUCGAGGUAACGAGUUCGAGAGAGAUUAGGGCUAAUAUCAAAGUUGUAUCAGGUAAAAUCUCACGCUAUUAAUUGUAUCAAUUUAAACUCUAAAAUUUCAACCUAAGUACGAGAGUUUAGAGUUUAAAUUAAUUUAAUUAUUACUUUGGAGUUC